UGCGCUGUUUCCCUCGGACACAGAGGAUCACCGAUCCACGGAAAGAGCCGAAACUGUCGGCUCGGUCAUGUGAUCAGCUGUGUCCAAUCACAGAUGAUCACUGAUCAUCAGAGCACUGAUGAUCAGUGUGCCCUGAUGAUCAGUGUAGCCCCAGCAGUGCCACCUGUCAGUGUCCAUCAGUGCCAGCUGUCAGUGCUCAUCAGUGCCACGUGCCAGUGGCCAUCAGUGCCACAUAUCAGUGCCUACCAGUGCACAUCAAUGCCACAUAUCAGUGCCCAUCUGAGCUGCCUUUCAGUGUCACCCAUCAGUGCCAGUCAGUGCCACCUAUCAGUGCUGCCAAUCAGUGACGCCUAUCAGUGCCAGUCAGUGCCGCCUAUCAGUGCGCAUCAG